UUUGUAAAACAUAUAUUUUUUGCAUCACUUCAGAUUAUGCAGUUGUAUAGUUGUAUUCAUGACCACUUCAUGACAGUAAAAAGUUAGUUGUUACAGGAAUAAGUUUGUCCCUUUUCGGUGUAGCAAGGAAUUCUAUAAAUGCUCGUCGCCUGGAGAAUAUGAGAGCACGUGAACGUAUGCGUAAAUCUAACGAGGGCAAUUAUCCUGACGUGUACAGGAAACUGUGAGGUUUGUGUUGUAUAUAUUGCAUAAGUGAGAAAAUACCAAAAUGUCUGUUCCUCAAUUGGAUCCGGCUAAACUGCAACUGGUGCAGGAUUUAGAGAUAGAGAUGAUGUCGGACAUGUAUAACCGACUUGUCAGUGCUUGUCAUCGCAAAUGUAUCCCUGUCAAGUACCAUGAACCUGAGCUCGGAAAAGGCGAGUCCGUAUGUCUAGAUAGGUGUGUUGCUAAGUAUUUAGACGUCCACGAGCGCAUAGGCAAGAAGCUCUCCAACAUGUCGCAGGGAGAGUCGGAGGAUUUGACUAAAAUAAACCUCCAAGAAAAGAAAUAGUAGAUAACUGACUUGUUAUGAAUUGUUUUUUUAAUUACACCCAUUGCAACGGUAGCCAGAAAUACUGCUGUACUUAUCGUACUUGUUUAAAGUUUCUUCUUUUUAGUUAUUUUUUAAUGUAGUAAUUAAAUUUAUACCUAAUUUUACUAAAUACUGCGGUCUACUUCAUUGAAUACUACUGUUAUUAAAAAAACAAUUCAUAGCAACCUAUUUAUGUGGUUAAAAGGAUGCUUUAUUAAUUAGUUUUAUGUACAAAUUAAGAAUGGAGGUUAAUUCGUUCCAAUGUUGACAGAACCGUGUGCACGAUACUGCAUUUUGUUUGAAUUAUAUAUUGUUGAAUAUUAGACUGUAGAAAUAAAAUAACAAGAAAAAAAUUUUCAAA